UCUCUUUUACAUAUUCUAUCAUCUCGCUUUUGGGGUUCUAUUGCGUUGUGGGAGUGACUGUCCGUGUGAGUGUGUCCUCUUAAAAACCCUAUAGAGAGAGAAACAGAGAAAGGAAAUUAUCAGAAGAAUUUAGAGAGAAUCAAAAGUAAAAGAUAUCAUCAUAUUCAUCAUGGGUAAGGGCAAGGAUCGUGGGAGCGGCACUGGCGAGACCGAGAAUCUUCUUCACUCGGCUGCUCGGUCGGGUGACCUGAAUGCGGUGCAGUCCAUCUUGAGCACCAACAACCCUUUGUCCAUCAUCGUCAAUUCUAGAGAUAAGCACUCUAGAACUCCACUACAUUUAGCUGCAUGGUCUGGCCAAGCAGAGGUGGUGAGUUAUCUCUGUAAGCACAAGGCUGAUGUUGGUGCAGCCGCCAUGGAUGAUAUGGGUGCAAUUCACUUUGCUGCACAGAAGGGACAUUUAGAAGUCAUACGAACUCUGCUUUCAUCUGGAGCCUCCAUUAAUGCUUUUACUCGCAAGGGCUUGACUCCUCUACACUAUGCUGUCCAAGGAUCCCACCUGGAACUUGUUAAGUACUUGGUUAAAAAAGGUGCAAGUCUGAGUGCCAAGACAAAAGCAGGGAAGACUCCAGUUGAUCUUGCUAACAAUGAAGAAAUUCUCUCCUUUCUGGAGGAAUACGAAAGGUCAUCUAAGAAAAGAGAUCUUCAUGGUAGACAGAAGGCUGGAGAAUCUAAUUCAAAGCCAUCUAUGCAGGAAAAGGAAGAGAAUACUGGUGAUAAAUCUCCUUCAGUUGUACAUGAUGAACUAGAGAAUGAAAAGGUGGAGAUGAAGGAUGAUGAAGAUGAUAGGAAGGAGGCCUCGUCAGAGCCAAAAAAGGCACGAAUUGCACUCAAUCACCUUCUAACUGCAGAUGACGAUCUAGAAGAUGAAGAAAACUUGUGAGGCUAUACAACAAUUGUGGUAGAGUGACUAUAUAACAACAUUAUGAAUUUUGCUUUGUACAACAUUAUGAAUUGCUUCAUUGUAUUACUUUCUGUAAUAGGUUUUUCUUCUUAAUUUCAUUGUUAUAUUAUGGUUUUCUUCCCACCAA